AAUCAGGUGGAUGGUGCAAGGUUCAGGAGAGGAGAAAAGCGGGGAUGACUCAAGAUCUUAUUAUACUUCCAUGGGAUAAAUAACGUGUUUUUGGUUCAUAUUUUAGCUUUUAAUCUAAAUAAAUUAAAAUUAUCUGACCAAUGCCAUAAACGUCGCUGACACAGACAGAAUGUCUCAUCGCAUCGAUGAUGUUAUGAAGCUGUGCUGUGAGCUGUCGGCCAAUCAGCAAGUCAAAAAUACAGUGAAGGGCUCUGGAAAGGGGGCAGCAGCAGCAGGUGGACUGGCCUUUGCAGGAGGGCUGGUCGGGGGUCCUCUUGGCAUUGCAGUCGGUGGCGCUGUGGGGGGUCUUUUGGGAUGUUGGAUGACCAGUGGACAGUUCAAGCCUUUGCCUCAGAUUAUCAUGGAGCUGAGCCCUCAGCAGCAGCAGAAACUCUAUGAUGAUAUCAUGGCUAUUCUUGGAGAAAUUCAUUGGACAGAGUUGGCACAGUUAACAGCGCUGGUGAUGGGGAACACAAAUCUGAAGCAUCAAGUUACUGCUGCUCUUCUUGGAUACGUCACAAAGGAGCUGCAGGCCGAAGUGCACUAUGUGGACUAAUCCGAACCAAAGAACAGCCAAGAGAACGUUCACAAACAUGACAAGAGAACCAAAUUAUGACAGACUUUACAAACUGUCUUUGAAAUGAUGUAUUUAAAUGGAAAUACUUAAAAUUAAAUGUUAUUUUAUAAUAUCUACAGACACAUUUUAUGGCUGUCAUUCUUGUGUAUAAAAUGCAAUCUGGUAAAGAAAUGUGCAUUUAAUUUUCUCCAGUGUCUAAGUGUUUAUUCAUCUGUAUAGCAUGCUAUUAUACGCUUACUGGAAAUGUCAAAUGCAUUUGGGCCUACUACAAGUAUGUCUUGAUUGUUUAACAAACAAAAAACACAAAUCAUGUAAA